GAUGCUGCUUCGAAUCCAAGCAUGCCACCAUCUAUAUAAAUUAGAACAGCAAGGUAGAUUUGGUCGGCAAAAGAAAGGCGAAGGAGCCGGACACGCAUGUCUGCCGACAAAAAGGAUCAAGCCGGGGCAUCGGAGGGCGAGGCGGACGGCGGUGGCGAGCGCGCCGUGCGGCCGCGUUACGAGCGGUGGCUCUCCGGCCUCGAGCUGGCCAUGGAGGCUGGCCCGCUCAAGGACCUCGACCCGGAGAAGCUGAAGAAUGAGAUCAGGAGGUGGGCCAAGGCGGUCGUCGCUUACGCUCGCCAGCUGAGCUUUGGCGCCGUCGACAGUUUGAUUCGUUCGGUUCGUUGGGCUUGAUAUGGCGAAGAAGAUGGUGGCAGGAGAACGCUCUGUUUCUCCGUUGACCGCCUACUCUUAGAAUAAAAGUGAGCAAGCAACGAUUCAGGUUCUGCUCCACCAUUCUUUGUUGGUUCGCAGUGAAGUCUCGAUCUUUCUAAUUCAUGUUUUUGUUUCUCGUGAGA